AUGUCCGAGAGCUCAGACAGUGACAGGUGCCAUCAGCAGAGGAAAAUCUUCGAAUUUGCGCGACAAACGCCGAUCUACACCAUCACCUGUGAGGAAGGAAAGAAAAGGGAUUUUAAGCUCUCCAAGACUUUCCGAUUUGAGAACGGGGCAUUCCUUAAGUGGAAACGGCGACGUCUUUUUUCGGAAGCGACAUCGUGCAAAAACAUCAAGAAAGGAAUAGCAGAUGAGUCGAUUUCAAUAACCUCAAAAUAUCCAUCUCUAUCUCCACCUUCAAGCUCGCUUGAUGCUCGGAGGACAGAUAAAGAUACGGAGCAGGAAACAUCCGUUUCGGUGUAUUCGGCACUCCAAAGUAGUUUGAUAUUGGAAGCAAGGGCAUAUAUCUCUCCAAUUUGCGAUUUCGCGCGACAAACGCAGGGGCUGGGGUUACAUUGA